AUGAAAUCAGCUUUGGUCAGUAGCCUGGGGCCCAAAGCCUCCGAUUGGGCGAAGAUGAAGCCGCACAUUGCGGAGCUGUACAAGGUGCAACAGCUACCAUUGAAGGCAGUCAUGAAGGAAAUAGAAGACAAGUAUGCUUUCAUCGCCAAGAUCAGAAGAUGGGGUGCCGCAGAUGCGUCAUGGAAGAAGAAUGGAAGUAGCGACGUUGGUGAAGCAAUCGCGACUACGCUCCUUCGCUACGCACAAUCCGGCCACGAGAUCGAACUUUACAGAUGGGGGGAGCUGCUUCCUGAGAGGGAAGUUUUCCGGAUCAAGAAUCAGAGUCACGUGCCUUUCCACAAGCUGUUCAAUGCAAGCCCUCCAGAGCUACCGAAGGGAUUCGUCAUUCGCCCUCAGCUCAACAACCGUGUCGAAGAUCUCACAAACGAUCUGCCGUUUCUGACUCUAGAACGUAGUAUCUACGAGCGUUUCAUCUCAAUUUGCCCUACGCCUAUGCUGGGCAGCACCGGCAUGCUUGAGUUACGAGACUAUGUCCGCGUCCAACGAGGACUUCCCUUGCUUCAGGUGUCGAACGAAGCGUUGUACGAAAGACUUAUGUCAAGGAAAUCCGCAUUACGCUCUAUCCUCCCAUAUACGAAGGGCCCAAUGAGUGACACCGGCUCAAACUCGAUGCCAAGAUAUGGUUUGAGCAAGAUUGCGAAGCUUGGAGACUACGAGAUGGCCGUUCAAUUGCUGAAUCGCGGCGCAGAGCUGAACAUAUUAUCCCAUGAAUCAGGGUACGAGACUCAACCUCCGCUCAUCGAAGCGCUCGAAGCGGAACAGUAUGACAUCGCCAAUCUCUUCCUGGACUCUGGUGCAAGACCAGAUGUAUCCUCCAGAUGUGGAAAACUGCCAAUUCAGUUCGCAAUAAGAAAAGGCAAUCAUACCAUGGUCAACAAGCUACUGGUAGCGGGAGGCUUAGGAAGUUCUGCAGCAGGAGGUGCUGCUUUCCUGGAAGCAGUAGAAAGAAAAGACCCCGAGAUGAUGGAAAAACUGUGGAAUGCUGGAGCGUUCAGCAACGAAGCACUUAGAACUGCCGCUGAGUACGAUAGCGUGGAUGCACGCGAUUGGCUGCUCUCCCAUGGCGCCGAUCCGUGCGACUCGCGAGCACUACAACAUGCCUACCACAACAGGAGCUCAUUAUUUGGAGCCAUUUUAAAUGCUCUCAGAAUAAGACCUGCAGUGGAGCUGCUACUAAAGCACGGUGCUGAUCCCAACGGCUUUACUCACAGUUUUCUAUCAGGGGAUGAUCAGGCGGUCACACCUUUCUUCAUCGCCGUCACGCGAGAUGCAGGCAACGACACGUCAUGGGCAGAACUCUUCCUGGACUAUGGGCACAAGUCGAGGGCCUUGAGAUGUACUCCUCAGACCGUAGUUGCCAAAUUCGAUGAUCCGAUGAGCGGCCAAUGUCACCCAAUGAUUACCGCUCUGCUUGCUGCAGUUGGUACGAAGAACAUGAACAUGGUUCGAUUGUUAUCGCGGCGGGAAGAUGCCGAUGUGGACUUUCCCGCGUCCGGAAGGAUCAGACGUACACCACUGCAGCGAGCAGCAGAAAUCGGAAGUUUCGAUCUGGUCGAGUUCUUUUAUGGAUCUGGAGCAGAUGUAAACUCGCCACCUGCCAGGAUAGGCGGCGCAACCGCGCUUCAACUCGCUGCCCAGGGCGGCUUCACGGCCAUAGUGGUUUACCUGCUGAGCAAAGGAGCAGAUGUGAACGCUCCUGGGGCUAUCGUCAGUGGAAUGACCGCACUCGAAUGUGCCGCUGCGCAUGGACGAGUGGAUGUUCUAUAUUGCCUUCUCCGGGCCAAUGCCGGAGAGGGUGGCCGCGACCAUGCGCAGUUCCAGAGGGCCUUCACGUACGCAAAGAAAGCGGCCCAUCUUUCAAUCGUCGACAUGUUGCGAGAGCAUUUGCAGUCAGUCGGACAGUACGAACUUUUCUUGGAGUAUAAGGACCAGGUUGCUACAACGGAAGAGGUCGUUACAUAG